AUGAAGUUUCUCGGCGUCACCCUGGCCUCGCUGGGCCUUGCCUCCGCCGCCACCGUCGCAAAGCCAGUCGACUACACCAACUGGAAGGUAUUCCGUGUCAAUGUCGGCUCCAAUGCUGCCAAGAUCAGCGACAUGAUGAGCAAGCUUCAACUCGAGCUCUGGAAGGGCAAGCCAGCAUCGAGCGAAGUUGUGGACCUGAUGGUUCCGCCGUCAUCUGUCAAGGACUUUGAAACAUCGACAGAGGGUCUCCAGACGAAACUUAUGCACGACAACCUUGGCCUCUCUAUCGCAAACGAGCAGAGUUUUGAUGUAUAUGCCGCCGGUCUCGCGCCAAAUGCAACUUGGUUUAACGCGUACCAUUCCAUUGCCGACCACAUGCAAUGGAUUUCAGAUCUUGCGGCCGCGUACCCCAACAAUGCUGAAGUCAUUUCUGCCGGAAAGUCGGUUGAAGGCCGUGACAUCAAGGGCAUUCACAUCUGGGGCAGUGGCGGCAAAGGCUCCAAGAAGGGCGUCGUCUGGCAUGGUACCGUUCAUGCACGAGAAUGGAUUACGACAAUGGUUGUCGAAUACGCAGCCUACCAGCUUCUCACCUCGACGGAUGCCACGACCGCCGGGUUCAAAGAUGCAUAUGACUUUUACAUUUUCCCCAUUGUAAACCCAGAUGGCUUUGCCUACACGCAGAGCACCGAUCGCAUGUGGCGCAAGAACCGGCAGACGACACCCAGUGCCUCGUGCGUAGGCCGCGACAUCAACCGCAACUGGCCUUCGCACUGGGACCAGCGCGACGGCGCAUCGACCUCUCCCUGCGCCGACGACUACAAAGGCCCCUCUGCAGGCGACGGCGUCGAAACCAAAGCCCUCAAAGCCCAUCUCGACAGCAUUGCAGCCGGAAAGGGCAUAACGCUCUACAUGGACGUGCAUUCCUACAGCCAGCUCUGGAUGUAUCCCUACGGCUACACAUGUUCGGGCGCGAUCCCCAACUCCGCAAAGUACUCGUCCCUCACGACGGGCGCCAUUGCCGCCGUCAAAGCCGUCCACGGCACCACGUUUACCGGCGGCCCCAUUUGUAAUACCAUUUACCAGGUCAGCGGUGACAGCGUCGACUACGCGUUUGAAGUUGCAAAGGCGACGUACAGUAUGACGGUCGAGCUGAGGGAUACCGGUCGCUAUGGGUUUGUGCUGCCCAAGGAGCAGAUUCUGCCGAGUGCCGAGGAGAUGUGGGCGGGGCUGAGGUACGUGGUGAAGAAUAUGUAG